GAAAUCAACAACCAACCUCAAAAAACAUUGGACAAAUAAUUGAAUUGGAACAUUUGUUAAUAAAUCGAAAGUAAAAAAUGCCUCCAAAAUCAUCAAAUAAGAAAACUCAAAUAUCAUGGUUCUCAUGCGAUAAGUGUCAAAGAACAAUUAUUUCGAAGGACCGCGACAAUCAUGAACAAAAUUGCUCCACUCAAGAUACAGCCGGCUGCUUAGCUUAUGAUUACAUUCAAGACCAUCGCCUCGUUACCAUGAAUUUCACUAAAAGAUCUUUUGCCAUCGAUGAAUUAAAUGAAACCUCACCGAAAUAUGUAAAUAAUUUGGUUUUUAUCAGUGAAAGUGCCAUGAAGUUAUGUGAAUUCAGGAUAGGACAGCCGGUAGUUAUUCGAUCAAGGUCGAAUGAAGACCUUGCACCGAUAGUGCGUUAUGUUUGGCCAGUUUCGGAGAAAUUUCUUUCCACCGUAUUUUUCAGUAUAGAAGAUUACGAAACAUAUUGGCAAAGCUACAUAAACACCCCGAUUAGCCUUGAAAAACUGUCCUACAACGCAAAACCAGCUAAACAAGUAACCCUUAAAUCAAAAAAUGAUGAAGAACUUCAUAAUCUGUCCUUACCCGAUGUCAAGCUCAUGCUCAAGAAGCAAAUAAAAGAUUUGAUAUUAACCAGCGGCAGCAAGGUUGUCCUUAAUUUUUACAACAAGCGUCUAGAGUUUGUUGUAAGUUCACAGAACUCUUCCAUUACCGACACAGACAUAACCUUAGAGUCUGAACUUGAAAGACUUAGCCUGAAAGACAAAUUCUUCACGGUUGUCAACUCAACAGCAGUUGAAAUAGAAUCAAAAGAAGCAAUUUCAGCUUCAAUUGAUGAUACCCCAACCCCUCAAGGUGUUAAAAUUGAAGACAUUGGUGGAUUACGAGAACAGAUGCUUAAAGUCGAAGAAACAAUGCGUAUUGCUCUGGGACUAACUAAAUUACCAAAUGGUGUAAAAGUAUCUCGAGGACUUCUUUUGUAUGGCCCUUCAGGAUGUGGUAAGAGUAUGAUUUGCCAAGCUAUAUCCAACUUGUCUACAGCUCAUGUUAUCCGAAUAAAUACCAGUGAAUUGUUUAGCAAAUUCCUGGGAGAAACCGAAAAGAAUCUAACCCAACAGAUUGAGGUAGGAUUUCGUAACUAUCCUCAACCAACUCUGAUCAUAGUCGAGGACAUUGAAAACCUUUGUCCCAAACAAGAAGUCAAUGAAACUGUUAAAAGAGUUUCUGUGGCUUUCCUCUCGAUUCUUGAUAGUUUUAAUGUUCGACAGGACGCGACACGUCUCUUUGUUCUCGCCACCACCACAAACAUUGAAAAUCUAAACGUUGGAGUACGACGAUGUGGCCGUUUGGAUUGUGAGGUGGAAGUUCCAGCUCCCUCUCCACAGGCUCGCUUGGAAAUACUUCAAUGUCACCUCGCCAAUAUAGACCAUGAUCUGAAGGACGAUUUCGUUGUUGAAGUAGCAAAUGUGUGUCAUGGUUUUGUUGGUUCGGAUCUUUCGAACCUAAUCUACACUGCCUCGCUGGCUGCUGUGAAGAAUGGACGCACUAGAAUGCAAUUGGACGACAUAAAUGAUGCCCUAAGUCAUGUAAAACCAAGUGCCAUGCGAGAAGUUCUCAUUGAGAACCCCAACGUCAAAUGGGAAGACAUCGGCGGACAGGAUGAACUCAAACAUAAACUUAAACAAGCCAUUGAAUGGCCUCUACUCUAUCCAGAGAAAUUCACGCGUCUGGGCAUCAAACCUCCUCGGGGUAUUCUUAUGUUUGGCCCUCCGGGUUGUUCAAAGACUUUGAUCGCAAAGGCAUUGGCCACCGAGAGCAAGGUGAACUUCCUCUCCAUCAAAGGUCCCGAACUAUUCUCCAUGUGGGUGGGAGAAUCAGAACGAGCUGUGCGUGAGGUGUUUCGCAAGGCCCGUCAGGUUGCCCCAUCGAUAAUUUUCUUCGACGAAAUCGAUGCCAUCGGAGGAGAACGGAGCUCCGAAGGUGGUGGAACAUCGGUGAAGGAACGCGUCUUAACACAGCUUCUCACCGAAUUGGAUGGUGUGAAUAUUUUAAAAGAUGUCACAAUCGUCGCUGCCACAAAUAGGCCUGACAUGAUCGAUAAGGCUUUAUUGAGACCUGGACGUAUAGAUAGGAUUGUUUAUGUUGGUUUGCCGGAUGCCAAAUCCCGACGAGAAAUACUUAAGAUCAAGCUCAGAAAAAUGCCUCUAGCCGAUGAUGUUGAUUUGGAUGAACUUGUCAAACGAACUGAGGGUUAUUCGGGGGCAGAAAUUCAAGCUGUUUGUCAUGAAGCUGCCUUAAAGUCACUCGAAGACGAUUUUGAUGCUCAGUUCAUAAGUUGGAAAGAGUUCGAAUACACCCUAAAAACUGUCCAACCAAGAACUAGUCCGGAGCUGUUGAAGUUGUACGACGAUUACUUGAAACAAAGUUAGAUCUUUUUUUACAGAAAUAAAAGUUUUAUAAAUAAAAUAAGAAAUUUAUUUA